GGAAGUGUGUGGUUGCCAUGUAAUAUCCUGGCCGCGCGGGCGCGCUAGGGGCUGAGGCGGUGCCAGGGCAGACGCGGAGAGGGCUAGAGAGGAGGUGGAGGCGGCGCCGACGGCGGCCGGUUGUGGAGCGCGGGGGUCCGCGGCGCCCGAGAGCCUGUCGUUUGCGCGCUGCCUCCGUUUCGCUGCGUCCGGGCUGGAGGCCCGACAGCGGAAGGCAACAUGUCGGUGGCCGGGCUAAAGAAACAGUUCUACAAGGCGAGCCAGCUGGUCAGUGAGAAGGUUGGAGGGGCUGAAGGGACCAAGCUUGACGAUGACUUCAAAGAGAUGGAGAAGAAGGUGGACGUUACCAGCAAGGCUGUCACAGAAGUGCUGGCCAGGACCAUUGAGUACCUGCAGCCCAACCCAGCCUCACGGGCCAAGCUGACGAUGCUCAACACGGUGUCUAAGAUCCGAGGGCAGGUGAAGAAUCCCGGCUACCCACAGUCAGAGGGCCUCCUGGGCGAGUGCAUGAUCCGCCAUGGGAAGGAGCUGGGCGGCGAGUCCAACUUUGGUGACGCCCUGCUAGAUGCCGGGGAAUCCAUGAAGCGCCUGGCAGAGGUGAAGGACUCCCUGGAUAUUGAGGUCAAGCAGAACUUCAUUGACCCCCUCCAGAAUCUGUGUGACAAAGACCUGAAGGAGAUCCAGCACCACCUGAAGAAGCUGGAGGGCCGGCGGCUGGACUUCGACUACAAGAAGAAGCGGCAGGGCAAGAUCCCCGACGAGGAGCUGCGCCAGGCUAUGGAGAAGUUCGAGGAGUCCAAGGAGGUGGCCGAAACAAGCAUGCACAACCUCCUGGAAACCGACGUUGAGCAGGUGAGCCAGCUCUCAGCCCUGGUGGACGCCCAGCUGGACUACCACCGGCAGGCCGUGCAGAUCCUGGACGAGCUGGCCGACAAGCUCAAGCGGAGGAUGCGGGAAGCUUCUUCUCGCCCCAAGCGGGAAUACAAGCCCAAGCCCCAGGAACCUUUCGACCUCGGAGAGCCAGAGCAGUCCAAUGGGGGCUUCCCCUGCACCACAGCCCCCAAGAUCACAGCGUCGUCGUCUUUCCGUUCUUCAGACAAGCCCAUCCGGACCCCCAGCCGCAGUAUGCCUCCCCUGGACCAGCCGAGCUGCAAGGCCCUGUAUGACUUCGAGCCUGAGAAUGACGGGGAGCUGGGCUUCCGCGAGGGCGACAUCAUCACGCUGACCAACCAGAUCGAUGAGAACUGGUACGAGGGCAUGCUCCACGGCCAGUCCGGCUUCUUCCCCCUCAGCUACGUGGAGGUGCUGGUGCCCCUGCCACAGUGACCGCAGCGGCCCAGCCCCUCCGUCCAGUCCUGCCCUGCAUUCCCCGUGGGCUGCCGGCGGCACGCACCCUGCCGUGAGGCAGAGCUGUGCAGGGCGGCUGUGGAGGCCGUCCUGGGGUCCGAGGAGGCGAGGGCUUUGUUUACACACGCUCGCCUGGUGGUGGGCGCCCUGUCCCCACGCCAUGGCCCUGGGCAGUGUUCCUCCUUCCUUGUGCUCAGACUCCUCCUGCCGUCCGCGGCUGGCCCAGGGGCUAACACUAAGGUGCUCUUACAAACACUAACCCUCCGCACGGGGCUGCCGGCUCCAGGUGGCCCCCACCCCGUCUCUCUCUCUCUCUCACACACACACAUUGUUAAAGGGAGGGGACUGCGUGUCUGUAUGAUGGGGUGGCCCAGGGGACCCUACCAGGACUCCCCACCCUGCCCUAAACCCCCACACCAUUUCCUUCCCAGCCUGUUGCUGGCGAUGGGCCCCACCUUGACUCCGGGGCUCCCCAGGCCCCUGCACACACACAGCUGCCACCUCACUGAGAGCCAUUCCCCUCCCCUCAGACCUGGGGAGAGGGCCUGGGGACCGCGGGCCAGCUCACCCUCAAGAGCACUUGGGCCACACACACCCACUCCUCUUGCCCUCAGUUCUUCCAGUGGGCUCCCCGAUCCAGCCCUGCCUAGGGGGGCUUCUCUCAGGCGUAGGCUGCCACACCGGCUGCUUGCACCACAGACACGCACACAUGGGACCAGGGGAGCGCCCCAGCCUCUGCUCUUUGAAGGUCAAGUGCAAAGGCUUUCAUGCGUGAAUGCCAUGGACCCUGGCUUGUGGGGCGUCCCCACCCCAAGCCAGCCGCCACCGCCCCAGCCAUUCCCACCCGAACAAGGCAGGGAACAGCCCAGCAACAGGGCCCCAGCCCCAAGCUGCUUCUCUUGCCUGACCCAAAAAUUGGUUAAAUGGGAGGACUUUGCCUGGUUCACAUUCCCCCUCUCCAGUGACCCCACAAAACCCCCAGGACACCAGGCUGCACUCACCCCUGAGCCUCCCCUCAUCACCAUUACUCAGGGGAGGCUAAGACCAGCAGCCCCGGUCAUAGUCUAGACCAGAUGGAUAUGUAAUUCUGACUUUUUUAAGAAGUAUUAAAUGUCUCUUUCUAUA